AUUCGUUCUCAGUCAUCGCAGCCAGAAAGUUCCUACUUCAGAGCUAGCUGAAGGUGACUGUGUGGCUUUUACCUCGGAUCACCCACAAGUACAACCAAAUAAAAAGGUUCUGAAGAAUCAGUCAGGCUUCCCGUCAAGUCCAAGUAACACCACGGUCUUAACCACAAGGAGAAAUGAAGCACAUCAUCAAUUUAUAUGAAAACAUCAACGAUACGGCAAGAAAUAACUCGGACUGUCCUCAUGUGGUUUUGCCAGAAGAGGUAUUUUUUACAAUAUCCGUCGUCGGGGUUUUGGAGAAUCUGAUCGUCCUUCUGGCUGUGAUCAGGAAUAAGAACCUCCAGGCACCCAUGUACUUUUUUAUCUGCAGCUUGGCCGUUUCCGAUAUGUUGGGAAGCCUGUAUAAGAUCUUGGAAAAUAUCCUGAUCAUGCUCAGAAACAUGGGCUAUCUCAAGCCUCAUGGCAAUUUUGAAACCACAGCGGAUGACAUCGUUGACUCCCUGUUCGUCUUCUCCCUGCUCGGCUCCAUUUCCAGCCUGUCGGUGAUCGCCGCCGACCGCUACCUCACGAUCUUCCAUGCCCUGCAGUACCACAGCAUUGUCACCACGCGCCGCGCCCUUGCUGUCCUGACGGUCAUCUGGACGUGCUGCGCGGGCAGUGGUGUCGCCAUGGUGAUCUUCUCCCACCACAUCCCCACGGUGAUCACCUUCACGUCGCUGUUCCCUCUGAUGCUGGUGUUUAUCCUGGGCCUCUAUGUGCACAUGUUCUUGCUGGCCCGUUCCCACGCCAGGAAGAUCGCGACGCUUCCCAGAGCCAACAUGAAGGGGGCCAUCACACUGACCAUCCUGCUUGGGGUCUUCAUCUUUUGUUGGGCCCCCUUUGUUCUUCAUGUCCUCUUAAUGACGUUCUGCCCAAAUAACCCUUACUGCGCCUGCUACAUGUCCCUCUUCCAGGUGAACGGCAUGUUGAUCAUGUGCAAUGCGGUCAUCGACCCCUUCAUUUACGCCUUCCGAAGCCCAGAGCUCAGGGAAGCGUUCAAACAGAUGAUCUUCUGCAGCAGGGCCCAGUACAACUAUUGA